UUGCUCGUCCCAACCGUGGCGUCUAGGUAUCGUGCUGAGGCCGUCGACGUGGCUCGUGCUGGCUCCGAUCCGCGCGGGCGAUAACCUCAGCUCCAAAAUAUAACGUGGAUAUUUCAAUUCAUGGGAACAACCUACGUGUUACGUUUCUUGGUCAGAAACAUGAAGGUUAUUGUUGUUGCCUCGUUGGCCCUAGUGGCUAUUGUGUACCUUCUCCUACCUCAGGCUGCAGUUGCAGAGCAGAAGAAGGGUCCGAAAGUGACUGAUAUCGUGUAUUUUGAUAUCUCAAUUGGUGGAGAAGAUUUGGGACGUAUUGAGAUUGGACUCUUCGGCAAGACAGUGCCCAAAACUGUCAAGAACUUCAAAAUCCUAGCAAACAUCCAUAGAGAAAAACCAGAGGAUGUCACUUUGAAUAAAGGCUACAAGGGCAGUAAAUUUCACCGUGUUAUUGAUGACUUUAUGAUUCAAGGUGGAGACUUUACCAAUGGAGAUGGUACAGGGGGCAAAAGCAUCUAUGGGGAGCGCUUCCCAGAUGAGAACUUCAAGCUGAGCCACUAUGGCGCAGGCUGGCUGAGCAUGGCCAAUGCAGGCAAGGACACCAACGGCUCCCAGUUCUUCAUCACUCUCGUCAAAACAACUUGGCUGGAUGGCAAGCACGUAGUAUUUGGCAAAGUGUUAAAUGGCAUGGACUUCGUAAGAAAAAUUGGAAAGACGGAGGUAAUGAACAGCAAACCCAAAAAAGAUGUCAUCAUCAAGGAAUGUGGUAUUCUAGAAUUGCCUAAUGGCAAACCUUUCGCUGUCCCAAAGGACGGAGUCGAGUAGAGGAAGAUCCUACUCUAGGAUUGGUGGCUGCAAAAGAAAAAAAAUUCUUCUCUGGGAAUUCUGCACACUUAGUUUCCUUUCUUUUCCCUUGUAUUUUCAAUUAGUGAAGUUAUCCUUUUUUUGUUCACAACCAUGGAAAUGCCCAAAUUCUAAAAAAGUAUCAACUUUAAAGUCAUGCUGACGGCAUUGCGUGCUUUUCACCCCAAAAAAACUUGUGCUGGAAGUAGAUUGUUUUGUUAUUCUUUUGGGGCUUGAAAUUGCUUGGUGUUAUUUUAUGUUGAAAUAUUCUGUAUGUAGCUACAUGUACGAAUCACUUGCCAUGUUCUCUUGGUCAGUAUGUACAAAUCUCAAAUUCUAGCUGAAAUUCCGAGUGUUCCAAUCCUCCCAAAUGAUGCAAUGAUCUGUCCUUCCCCAAUUUAUUGCAUAUCGUUUACAAAUAAACCAACAAACCCUAAAUAUGGGAACUGGCCAUAUUGCUUGAUGCCUUUAUCAUUAACAUGCAAAGGACAAGCACUCGCGUCCGUGUAGUGUGAUGCCUAACCUAGGAUUGUUCAUCCAGCCAGUGUGAUUACUUACAUACGUCUUUGCUUCUCCUGUCUGUAGUAAAGUCAACUCUUGGUAUAAAGAGAACUGUUAAAAUGCUGUUACAAGAAUGACAUUUUGAAGUCUCAAUUUCUUGAACUCUUUUUCUAAAUGUUAUCCUUUGAUUGUUAUAACAAGGUUCUUGUUUCAACAAGACUAUAUUUGGCUGGUCCAAGCAAUCUUCUUAUGGUGAGUUGACUCUAUUGCAUGUAAAUGCGUCAUCUGGAGGAUUCUUACUGUACUAAAUACCCAAUGAUUUCUACAUGUACAUGUAUUUGAAAUCUUGACUUGGACAGACCCAGCUUAAAAUCAAGUAAAGUGCCGACAACAUCCUGACGAUUUCUCCGUGCUGUUAAAAUCCCCCAACACCUCAAUUUUCCAAUUGCAACAUAAUUUUUCCCACACUCUGGUAUUAUAUUUAGCAUAGCCCUUCUAUCUUGUGAACUUAAAAAGAAUCCCUUCACAAAAUCCGUUUACCUGUGUAGAAUGCUGGGGGAGGGGGGGUUAAUGGAUGGACAUGAAAGGGUAGAGCAAGAUUGUAGCUAUGGAGUGACUGGUUGUCUUUAAACACCCUGCAGGCCAUUUUUUGGACACCCCUGUUUUGAAUAUGCAAAUUAUGCAAAUCUUGUAAAUCUAAGACACUUACAUGCCUUAUUUUUCAAAUGAAGUCAAAUUUGGAUGCCCGUAAUUUCCAAAUGCCGUAAUGGCUAUUGAUAAACGAUGUAGGUGAGCUUAUAUAGGUAGUUGAGCUUUAGCCUAGUGCCAACAAUAACAGAGACUCGCCUACGAUUAUUUUUCAGAAACUAUUGUUUCCAAUGAAUUUCAGUAUUAUGGGAGAGACUUAAUUGUCAAGAUAAACUCCAGAAAAUACAUGUACACAUGUAUGAGCACUGUAUGUGUUCGAGUAUUGUACAUGUUAUUAUUUCACAGCAUCAUAUUGAACCAUGUGUUUAAACAGGUGUAAUCGUGUUUAAAAGCAAUUUGACUUUUUUAAUUAGUCUUUUAAUAGUAAACAAAAUAAUGGAAUUGGGAUUAUUAGACCAAAAAUGUUGUAAGCCUUCCACAUACACUCUGGUAGGAUGCAGAGUGAGGUACUCUGAAAGAUCAGUUUCUUAACUGAACAGCAGCUUUGGGUUUGUAAAAAAUGUGACGACUGGUUUUCGUGGUUUUUGUCCUGCGUUUGGUUCACCAUGGGAAGACGGUCUGCUUGGGUGCAAAGAAGGCAUUGCCAUUAGUACGCAUGACCAUUCCUCAUGCUCCUUUAUUUGUACCGUUGGCAUUUGUUGUUGGUCACAAUAAUUUGAUAUACAACGGUUGUUCCACAUGUUGAAUGAAUAAACUUGAAAUCCAAUCCCGA